AUGGCUCUAAGUGCUUCUGUUCUCGGCGCACAGAACAAUGAUUCACAACUCAAAUUGAAAGGACUACAGACGUAUUGUAGCGCCACGGUUGACAUGCUCAAUGCUGUGCAGCAUCAAAAACACUCCCGAAGUGACGGGGUUUUAGCAGCCGUCAGGCUCUUGGAAUUCUAUGAGGUAUUGUUCGGGUUCGGGGCAAAACUGAACAGCGCGAAUUCCAAUCUCGCGAGCUGGUGGAGGCAUAAUGAUGGCCAACUGGCCUUAAUUCUACAUCGUGGACCGUAUUCUUUCCAGCAUGGGCCGGCACAUACGCUUUUUGUUGAUGCGCGAUACAACACCGCGUUAUCACAUCUCACGCGGAGGAAGCGAUGCCCUCUGGACGACUCCGACUGGAAAACAAUACCGUGGAUAUAUUGCAAGAAGUCGAUUAAAGACAGACUAGUUGACAUUCUGGUGCAUCUCCCAGGAUUGAUGCAGGACAUGGACAUUCUGCAGGAAUUGACGUUAAUAGCACCCGCUGGAGAGUGGAAAAAGAAGGUCCUUAAGUCCUGCUUGGGAUUGAAGGAGGCAUUGCGAAGGUGGGAAACUGAGAUCGGCCAGGAACUCGAGAGAUUUGACUAUACUGUUUCAACAACACCAUUGAAACCACCUUCCACUGACCGGGAGGUGUCACUAUUGCAUCUUAGUACCCUCUACUGGGCGAUAUCCCUGGCCGUGGACACUUCUCUUGGGACCUUGCUUGUACAAAAUGCUCGAUCCGGUGGUGUUGAAGGCGAUUGCGAAGACGACUCAGAGACGGAGAGUACAUCGUCGAUGGCAACUUCUGGCAAGGGCGAUUCAAGUUCUAGGCGUCAGCUCAAAGACCAGGACGAUCGCAGGACGUUAUUACGAACGUACGCGUACAAAAUAGCCCACGCCAUCCCACUCUUAUUUGAGCCUGAAUCCGGUGCUUUUGGCUGCAACGUCGCCUUGUUUCCGUUGCUAUCGGCUUGGCGCUUUCUAUCCAUGACAGAGCCGGUUGACAAACCGAGCCCCGAGCAUCAAAUCAUUUUGAAACUUUCUGAGAAACAAUUUCAGGGGACCAGCGUUGGCAGAUUUUCCGCCAGCUUGAAGCGUGACGUGUGGAACCAUAAGCAAUCUGGCCAUGCAGCCAAGAAAGACUAA